AUGAUGGAGCUUCCCAACAAGACCUUAGAAGCAAUUAAAUAUACCCGAGGCGAUCUUCGCAUUCUUAAUCAACUUGUUUUACCCCACGAAACCGUUUAUGAAACUGUUGCCAAUGUUCAGAAUGGUCAUGCUGCCAUUAAAACCAUGAAAACUCGUGGUGCGCCUGCCAUCGCCAUUGUUGCUGCUUUGUCUUUAGCUGUCGACGUCUAUACUCGAUUCUAUACCAACAAUGAAUUCAGCAAUGUCGGACAAGUUGCAGAGUUCUUACAAUCUUCCCUGGACUAUCUGAAAACUUCUCGACCUACAGCUGUCAAUUUAUUUGAUGCAGCUGCAAAAUUAUCCAAGUUGAUCAACGAAAAAGCUUCUUCAGUUAGCGAACCCUCAGAGUUGGUAUCAGCUUAUAUAGAAGCAGCAGAGCAAAUGUUGGUUGAUGAUGUGAAGGAUAAUAAAAACAUUGGUCGUUAUGGUGCUGAUUUCAUAAAGAAUCACAUCAGCAACAACAGUGAGAAGAUAAGCGUGCUGACUCAUUGUAAUACAGGCUCUCUAGCAACUGCAGGUUGGGGUACUGCGUUGGGUAUCAUUCGUGAUCUUCAUGCUCAAGGCCUAUUACACCAUGCUUAUUGUACAGAAACUCGACCUUACAAUCAAGGCUCUCGACUCACUGCCUACGAAUUAGUCUACGAAAAUAUACCUGCUACUUUGAUUUGCGAUAAUAUGGCCUCAGCUCUUUUGAAACAGCAUCCUAAUGUUAAAGCAAUUGUGGUGGGAGCAGAUCGCGUGGCAGCAAAUGGUGACACUGCCAAUAAGAUCGGCACAUAUCAACUUGCCAUUACAGCUAAAUACCAUGGAAUACUGUUCAUUGUAGCUGCACCAUCCACUUCUAUUGAUUUAAAGACAAAGAGUGGUGAUGAUAUUGUGAUUGAACAACGCCCAGCUGAAGAAUUAACAACUGUCUCAGGUAUUCGCUUACAAGAUAAUGAACCUACCAGUGUGCGUACAGCAGCCGCCGGUAUUAAUGUUUGGAAUCCCAGUUUUGAUGUUACGCCAGCUCAUUUGAUCUCUGCAAUUGUUACGGAAAAAGGCGUUGCUGUCAAGAAGACAGGAGAAGAAGUAUUUGAUAUGGCGUCUUUCCUUGAACAUAAUGCUUAG